CUUAGCUGCAAAGCCAUGAAGUUCCAGAGUAUCUUUAGUUGGCCAAAAAGAAUGACCAAUAUAGUCACCGGUGUAAUCCUUCUCCUGUUAUCGAUCUCCGGAAUCGUCUCCGCCGGUAGAUAUUCCAUCGGGGACGUUUUACGGUUACCGUCGGAUGUUUCGAGUUUCUUCCACGGGAGCGAAGAUGAUGAGGUUGGUGGCACCAAAUGGGCCAUCUUGAUUGCUGGAUCUAAUGGAUAUUGGAACUACAGGCAUCAGGCUGAUGUUUGUCAUGCUUAUCAAAUCCUAAGGAGCGGUGGUUUGAAAGAGGAAAAUAUUAUCGUCUUUAUGUACGAUGAUAUAGCUUUCAAUGUACAAAAUCCUAGGCCUGGCGUUAUAAUUAACCAUCCUCAGGGAAGUGAUGUUUAUAAGGGAGUUCCAAAGGAUUAUACCGGUGAAGAUGUCAAUGUUAACAACUUUUUUUCCGCUAUCCUCGGAAACAAAUCUGCGAUCACCGGGGGUAGUGGGAAGGUUGUAGAUAGUGGCCCUAAUGAUCAUAUCUUCAUAUACUACACUGACCAUGGGGGUCCCGGUAUUCUUGGGAUGCCUACCUUUCCUUAUCUUUAUGCCGAUGACUUGAUUGAUGUUUUAAAGAAAAAGCAUGCUUUGGGGACCUAUAAAAGCUUGGUAUUCUACCUUGAAGCUUGUGAGUCAGGAAGUAUCUUUGAGGGUCUCCUUCCUGAGGGUUUGAAUAUCUAUGCCACUACAGCAUCAAAUGCGGAAGAGAGUAGUUGGGGAACCUAUUGUCCCGGAGACUACCCUAGUCCUCCCCCAGAAUAUGACACCUGCUUGGGAGAUUUGUACAGUAUCGCUUGGAUGGAGGACAGUGACGUGCAUAAUUUGAAGACAGAGAAUUUGCACCAGCAAUAUGAAGUUGUGAAAAAGAGGACUCUCAAUGUCAAUUCUUACUAUGGCUCUCAUGUCAUGCAAUAUGGUGAUGUAGGGCUUAGCAAGGAAAGUCUCUUUGCAUACUUGGGUACAAAUCCUUUUAACGAUAACUUCACCUUCGUCGACGAGAACUCGUUGCAACCACCUGCAAAAGCUGUUAAUCAGCGUGAUGCUGAUCUUGUCCAUUUUUGGCACAAGUAUCGCAGGGCACCCGAGGGCUCUGCUCGGAAGGUUGAAGCCCAGAAGGAGUUUGUUGAAGCCAUGUCUCAUAGAAUGCAUAUAGACAACAGUGUGAAGCUCAUCGGCAAACUCUUAAUCGGCAUCGAAAGAGGACUGGAAGUUUUGAGCGCCGUUCGACCAGCUGGCCAACCACUCGUCGACGACUGGAAAUGCCUUAAGAAAACGGUGAGAACUUUCGAGACACAUUGCGGAUCCCUAGCCCAGUACGGGAUGAAACACAUGCGAUCCCUUGCAAACAUCUGCAAUGCCGGAAUUCAGACGGAACAGAUGGCCGAGGCAUCGGCACAAGCUUGUGCUAGCAUUCCUACCGGUCGUUGGAGCUCUGUUCAGAAAGGGUUCAGUGCUUGAACCUAGCAGCGGAAUCGGGCAGAUAUUAUCAGCCAAAGCUUGGAUUAUGUUUGUAUUUUCGCAUCGUGAUUUCUUAUUUUACGAAGCUGCAUUUCUAUGAUUGUUCAUGUGAUUGCUUAUUUCUAAAAUGAUGAUUAGGAGCAAGUCCAUACCAGACUCCUUAAUUUAUGUAAAUAUGGUUAGGAUAUGUUCCAUGAGAAGUAGUAUUGUUUGUAUAUAAAUUAUGUAUGAUGCAAUUACCUAUAAUCAAUGAAAAA